AUGGAAGACGUUCCCCUCGACCACGGCUCCCUCGAGCACCUCCUCCCCCCCAGCUGGAAGACCGUCGUCACAUCGUGGCUGGCCGAGGACACACCGUCAUUCGACUACGGCGGCUUCGUCGUCGGCUCGGACCCGCGCACCGCGACGCUCUGGGGCAAAUCAGGCGGCAUCGUCGCGGGACGGCCGUUCGUCGACGAGAUCUUUGCGCAAUGCGGCUGCACUGUGGAGUGGCACGUCAAGGAGGGCAGCCACAUCGAGCUCCGGGGCCACGGCGGCGCGCCGAAGGGCAAGAUGCGCGUGGCGACGGUCUCGGGCCCGACGCGGGGUCUCCUGCUGGGCGAGAGGGUCGCGCUGAACACGCUGGCCAGGUGUUCUGGCGUCGCGAGCAUGACGAGGGGCAUGCUUGUCAACCUCCGCGCGGCGGGGUACACGGGGGUCCUCGCGGGCACGCGCAAGACGACGCCCGGGUUCAGACUGGUUGAGAAGUACGGCAUGAUGGUGGGCGGGGCGGACGCGCACCGACACGACCUCAGCUCGAUGAUCAUGCUGAAGGACAACCACGUCUGGAGCAAGGGCAGCAUUACGAACGCCGUGAAGGCGGCUAAGAGCGUCGGCGGCUUUAGUUUGAAGGUCGAGGUCGAGGUGCAGAGCGAGGCGGAGGCGGACGAGGCGAUCGAGGCCGGCGCGGAUGUUGUGAUGCUUGACAACUUCACCGGCGAGGGCGUCAAAGUUGCGGCGAGGAGUUUGAAGGAACGCUGGGCUGGCAAGAGGUACUUCCUCUGCGAAGUCUCUGGCGGGUUGACCUUGGCUAAUGUGGAGGAUUACGUGUGCAAUGAUGUGGAUAUUCUUUCGACGAGCGCAAUUCACCAGGGCGUGCCGCACGUUGACUUCUCGCUCAAGGUUGAGCACUGA